UUUGAAUGAAGUUGCAUAAGCAAACUUGCUUUGAGCAGCAAAAAUGUUGCUUACGUACUGCACAAUGUUGCUGAAACAAAAACGAAAACUUCACUUAGCAACACCCCUUAGUCUCAAUUAGUUAAAAGGGAAUGAAUAUGAGAUAUUUUUAUUGACACCGUAAGCAGAAGUGAGUGGCUGCAGCUGGGUUACUAUUACUAUACAGCAUUACUGGAUUACAGUAUUAUUAUGGAAAUAUCAGCCAACGAAUCUUACUCAGAAUGUCAAAGUGUUCUGUUGAGAUCUUUGCACCCCACAUAAAUUAUAUCUCUAAUCAAUAAGCGAUUAAAUGUGAUCGACGUUUAGAAGGGCAGCAAUUUAUAAAAAUUGACACAUUAUAAAAUUCCACAUCUCCCGAGCUAAUUGAUUUCGCUUUACUAACCAGACAAGUUAAUUUUGCAUUUAUUCCUUGUUUAAUUACUCUGGUUUAUAUAGUGAAUACAUUGUAUUAUUUAUAGAAAGUAAUUAAAUAUGAUUACUUUUGAAACGAUGUCUCUUGGCUUAAUAACAGAUGUACGUUCAAUAACAGGCAAAAGAAGUUUUGGUUACUUAAUUUUUCAAAAACUUGUGUGUUAGGCUUCCUUAACUCUCACAUGUGUAAUUGUUAUGGUUAUACUUUCAAAGGUUUGCACUUUAAAGGGCUAACAGUUUGCUUAGUUUUUUCCCGGUUCAAAGGUUGCCAUUGACUAUGAGCUUCAAAAUGGAAUCUAACGGGUUUGUUUCGAUACUUACUCUUCUAAAUCUAGAGCAAGGAGCAGAUAAUGAGUUCAAUGUGUUUAGGGCUCAAUCCCGUUACCAAAAGAGGGGCCGCUUCUGCCAACCCGUCAAGGAAAGGGUGCGGGGGGCCAAGCGGAAACCGGAACCGCAGAGUAAAAUUCCAUCACGUUCAGGCCCCUUGCUGAUGCCGCAGGCUGUGUUUACAGCCUUCAGAUGACACGCCUCGAAAACAAGACCCAGCGUGAGUCAAGUUGUGAGAGCCGCACAAUAUAUUUAUAGAUCACUUUACUUAAUAAUAUUUUAUAUAAAUUGUCUUGGUUGCUUGCUGGGCAAUAACCGCUAUCAAGUUCGACAAAACGGAUAUGUUUUCGCAUAGCACUCAAGUCUCAAGACUCUUUUCGCGAGAUCCAAACAAACAAUUAGCUAUUAAGAUUUGAAGCAUUUCGAGCAACAAUUACAUUACCAACUUACUUAAGCUUAAUGUGCAAAUAUUUUGAAGCUCUUUGCUUGUGUUUUCCUCGUUCGAAAUGCAUGAAUGGGGAGUUGAAGAUCUAAGGCAGAUAAGAUUCAAUUUUAGGCAGAGACGGGGAAAAAUGUAAUUUUUCAACGUGUUAAGAUAAAUUAAAUUAAAAUUAUAUACUAUAAAGUUUAAUUACUAUUGCCAGGUAUACAUGUGUCCAUUGUUCUUAGAAACCAACUUCAUUCUUUGUGCCGGUAACUAUUUAAUUACCAUCUUUAUAUCACUGAAAAACGUUAAAUAUUGACAGACGGAAGAGUAUAAGAAAAACGUUAAAUUGACGAAUAAUUCUUUACAGGAAUCACCACAUUAAAAUAUUAUUUUAAUUGGCCGUAACAAACAAAAUUUUCCCCGACUUUUUAACUCAAUGACCUGAUUUUAAAAUUUUUGGUCGGGUAGGGUGAUUUUUGGGCUCACCUUAAGAUCCCGAGCUCAAAGUCUACGCCCCUGUCUCUAUAGCUUCAAAUUAAUUAUAUUUAUUGUUUCAUUUUUUCUGAACACAAACAAAUGUGCGUUUUCUCGGCGUGUUUUGGUAGCAUCCAUGUUUUGCCACAAGGUAAUUAUUUCGUACACUAAACAGUACAGUAUUUUGUUUAGGGCAUUUCGUUGCUGUUGAUGUAGCUGUUGGUGUUGCUGGUGCUUUUGAACCGCAGGGCACUUUGUGUGUAUUUUUUCGAGCUGAAACCAGAGGCUGGUGCUGCUAUCAGGCCGCUCUGUCAUUUUUAUGAUUGUUAAUGUCUCGGUCAACGCUUUUAAGUCAAGUUCUGAGCCCCGUCCCAAUCCCUUCCCCAUCCUCUGCGAUCGUGUGUGGCUUGUUGUUGGCUUUAAUGGAAAGAAAUGAGUUUGAGAGCCAGCGGACGAGGCGGACGGAGCGAACGGAGUUGCGAGGAGGGGACUCGGCCUGUGAAUUCAUAUAGUUUGUGGCGGGCAUUAAAAACGAUCGACACAUUUGCCUGUCGGAUGAGAACGCGUUCAGAAGUUCAUCGGGUGUGAGCUUGCGUGAGCUUGCUAAAGUAAUUCCGAAUGGAUAAGAACUCCGACUGAACCUCUUGAAUUUCGACCAAAUAAUCAUCAGAAAUGGCUUACAUUACCUAUGCAUUGUGUCUGUGCUCGUUGUUCAUAUUGUUCUCGCCUCUUGUAUCCGCAAAUCGUCGCAUUCGGCGACAAAAUCGAUCAGAUCGCCUGCUGGCUGACAUCGGAGUACGUGCCCAGUCCUACGAUCCCCGUGCGCCGGAAAAUGGCAUUCAACAGUACACCGACAUCGACCAGGAUCUGCGCCACAUAUUCCUCAACACCAGGCAGACCACGCUGAGAUGGGCCCUCAACAACAUCGAGGCGCUGAGCAGUCGCGGUCGACGCGAGGGAAAGCUCCAGUCUCCGGUGUCCAAGAAGGUGCCCUUCCGGUGUCCCACGAACAACACACGGUCCCCGAGUCCCCCCACUUCCAUAGAACACCUCAGGCCGGGUGACAUCGAUAUCAUAGCUGCCUUCGGCGACUCCCUAUCCGCAGGCAACGGAAUUCUGUCCAACAAUGCCAUCGACAUGAUCAACGAGUUCCGCGGCCUGACCUUCUCCGGCGGCGGACUGGCCAAUUGGCGAAGGUUCGUGACGCUGCCGAACAUCCUAAAGAUCUUCAAUCCCAAGCUGUACGGCUUCGCGGUGAGCAACAGCCUGGUGAUCAACCACCGAUCCUCACGACUGAACAUCGCCGAGCCGAUGAUCAUGUCGCGGGAUCUGCCCUUCCAGGCUCGCGUGCUCAUCGAUCUGCUGCGGCGCGAUAGCCAUGUGGACAUGAAGCGACACUGGAAGCUGCUGACUGUGUAUGUGGGAAACAACGACAUUUGCUCCGACCUGUGCCACUGGGAUACUCCGCAGAGCUUCCUCGACCAGCACGCCCGCGAUCUGCGCCAGGCAUUCCGCCUCCUGCGCGACCAUGUGCCGCGCCUGCUGAUCAAUCUGAUUGUGGUGCCAAACAUACCGCUGGUGCUGAGCACCAUGACCCAGGUGCCGCUGCAGUGCUUCGUGGUGCACCGUGUGGGAUGCCACUGCCUGAUCAACGACCGCCUCAAUCGCACCGAGUUCAAUGAGCGCAUGGACACCCUGACCCGUUGGCAGCAGCUGGACAUGGAGAUCGCCAGGCUGCCCGAGUUUCAUCGCCAGGACUUUGCCAUCGUUGCGCAUCCAAUGCUGACCAAACUAACUGCUCCCGUACUGCCCGAUGGGAACACGGACUGGCGGUUCUUCUCCCACGACUGCUUCCACUUCAGCCAGCGCGGGCACGCGAUCAUCUCGAACCUGUUGUGGAACAGCAUGCUCCUGCCGGACGACCAGAAGCCGCGACCUUCGGUGGUGCCCGAGCUGUUCGAGCGGGUCGUUUGCCCCACUGCGGAGCAGCCCUACUUUGUGGUCAGGCCAAGUUGAGGGUCUCCCAAGAUCGGGAACGGGUUAAGUUACUUGGUUAAGCUGUCUGGUGACCCUUUUCUUGGCGGUACCGCAGUCUGGUGUGCACAGAGAAAAAUUGAUUUUUAUUCGCAUAUCAAAUUUUAGUUGUCUAAGCACAAAGAGCAUCUUUCGUACGCAAAUCACUUGUUUGCGUGAAAAUGUUGGUCUCUAAAGUAUUCAUAAUAAAUUAUUAUUAUUUAUAACCAUAAUAAACAAACCCUGCCACUUCCACUUCCGCAAAUCGUAUGCGGAAUGCAUUGGAUUGUGCAAAGGCAACUAUUAGAAUUUUGUUCCAAACUUAAUAAUAUUUGAUCCUCGACCUUAGCAAAUAAAUAUAAAUAUAUUUGUUAAGCUGUCAGAAGCCCAUAAAGAUUAUUUAAUGUAUUUCUUUUAGCCGACAAAGGUGCGUUCAGUUUCCACAACUCUUUCUUCAUACUUUUUACCCAAGCCCCAUCUCCAUUUCAAUUAAAGUAUUAUGCAAUUUUUAAUUUAUAUUUUUAAUUAAUUAAAAACACAUCCCCAUCCGGAAUAAAAAUUCAUUAAAACAUUUCUUGCUUAUGCGGCAGAAAAAAUGCCCCCGCUUACAGUGAACACCAUCCUUGAUGUUCCCCUCACGUUUUUCACAAGGCGUGACAACGUCGCCUGCUCAUUACCUUAUUCCUCCCAGUCGCAGUCCUGCCACGCCCACUUUUCCCCAAAAGCAGAAAUUAAAAUAUAAAAUAUAAAUAACAGCAAAAAUAAAGUUGCAGUUGAGUUGGUCGACUAUGGGAUACCGCGUGAUUUCUGACCUGUCGAACAAUAAAUUUAAUCAUAUAAUUA